AUGGUACCCUUAUUCCUCGCAGCAUGCCUGGCUGCAAUUAGCCUCGUACUUCUUGAAUACUACCUUUUACGUCCAUUAGUCUCGAGCCCUUUGAGUCGUGUUCCAGGGCCAAAGUUUUAUGCCCUCACUCGAUGGCGACUGGCGUAUGAAGACUGGAAAGGUACACGAACCCGCACCAUCGAUCAGCUUCACCAGCGAUACGGACCAGCCGUUCGCAUUGGCCCCAAUGAAGUCUCAUUCAACAGUUUGGCAGCGUUGCGGACCAUCUACGGACCUGGAAGCCGCUUCGGCAGGACGACAUUCUAUCGCAUGUUUGAUGUCUAUGGCGAGCAGAACCUGUUUACAUUCCACUCGACCAAGGAGCAUGGUGACAGGAAGAAGCUUUUGUCGCAUUUCUACUCCAAAUCAGUUAUCCUGAAAGACCCAACCAGCCACAUGGUAGAGGAGAAGACGCGCCAAUACAUGCAGCUUAUUGCGUCCGAGCCAGCACAUGUCAGUGAAAUCUUUACUACCUUGCACUACUACUCUCUGGACAAUAUCACAGAGUUCAUCUAUGGCAAAUACGGAGCUACGUCUGCUUUGAAGGGGUCCAAGACUCAUCGGGCCCUCAUCGACGACAUCAUGCAUCCUUCUCGCCGGCGAUUGUCUUGGUUCUGGGUUCACUUCCCAGCAUUUACAAAAUGGAUGUAUACGCGAACAAGAUUACUGGGAUACCUCAUGAAGCCAAUGCUGCCAAUGAAGCGGCCAACUACUUAUACCGGUAUUCGCAAUUUUGCUUUUGACUCGGUUCAGAGCUUUUUGAAAGAUCGGGAGAAUGACAAGCAACUUGUAAACUCGGAUGUAGCCGUCGAGUCAGUCCUCAGUCGACUCUGGAAGCACCACCAAUCCCAAAAGGCAGACGGACUGAACAGUAUGCAGAUUGCCUCAGAAUGUGCAGACCACUUCCUCGCCGGAAUCGAUACAACUAGCGAUACUCUCAUGUUUCUGAUUUGGUCACUAUCCUUGCCUGAGAACAAAAAGUACCAGAAACGGUUGAGAGACGAAGUCCUCAGCCUUGGUAAGGAGUCGCUCAACGAACACGGCUUCCCAAAGGCAGAUGCAAGCGACCCGUGUGAAUUUCUCAACGCCGUACUAAAGGAAACUUUGAGACUCUACGCGCCACUGCCAAGUUCCGAACCUAGAUCGGUAGACGCAGAAUCUGUAGUCGAUGGCUACACUAUACCUGCCAACACGGUGGUGUCUAUAUCGCCGUGGAUUCUGCAUCGAAACGCAGAGGUGUUCCACGAACCUUUCGAGUUUAACCCUGAUCGCUGGUUGGGAAGAAAUGCGGCUGAGCUGAAUCGGUGGUUUUGGGCAUUCUCGAGUGGAGGGCGAAUGUGCAUUGGCAUGCACCUAGCCAUGACCGAGAUGACAACCUUGAUUGCAAGUCUAUAUCGACAUUAUGAGACCUCAAUCGCACCCGGUUUCGAGGACAUCUCCCCGGGAAUCACCGCACGAGUUGAGACGUUUUAUGAUGACCGCUUUCCUCGUGUACAAUAUGGCUUGCUUCCGCGUGACAUGCGCAAGAUUGACACAUCAAACUUGCCAAACGUGGAUAUUCGACCAACAGUUAUCCUUCUGAACCUUCUCUACCUGAAAGUUUUGAUUAAGCGCGACCGCGUUUUACUCUUUGAUGCGUAUGACACAAGUGCAUCGCGGGUGCAAUCCGCUUUCGUUGAUGACCUUCAACGCAAGAUGCAACGUGACAAGUCUGAUGAAGCUGAUUGUCCACCAUACGAGUUCCAGGUCCUAGAUGCAGUACUCAACGCAGUGGCGAUAGAGCUAGCAAAAGAUUUGGAAUCCCUGCGUCACCCUGUCAUUAGCCUCCUCGCCGAACUCGAGGAGAACAUUGACAGGAACAAGCUCCGCCUCCUCCUCAAGCUAUCAAAGCAAGCCAGUGCAUUUGAGCACAAAGCAAAACUCAUGCGUACAGUCAUAGACGAUAUACUCGAGAGCAACGACAGCCUUGCCGCACUGUAUCUCACGGAUAAUGCUCACAAUGUCCACGGUCCAGAGGACGUCUCCGAGAUUGAAGCCAUCUUCGAGUCGUACUACUACAUAUGCGAUGAAAUUGUACAAGAUGCGCAAAAUUUAACCUCUAUGAUCAAAAGUACAGACGAUAUUGUACAAACGAUACUGGAUACGAACCGCAAUUCACUCAUGCUGCUGCAUCUGAAGAUCAUUUCUGGCACACUGGCUCUCGGGACGGGAACAUUCAUAGCUUCAUUUUAUGGCAUGAACAUCCAGAAUCUGCUAACUGAAGCAGAUUUGGGAUUUGUUGUCGUGCCUGUGGCGUCUGUUUUGUGCAUUACGGGCGCAUCUUGGUUCGCUUUGAGGAUGGUUAGAAAUUUGCAACGAAUUGCAAUGAAACGGAACAAAGGAUUUCUCAAUUGA